GUUGUGAAGGUCUCAUGAAAGAAAACCAAGAGAAGGGAGAGGAAAAGAAAUUAUCAGAGCCUUGCAGAUUUUCACACAGAAAGUGGAAUUCACAUGUUUUUGAUUUAUGAAAGUUUGUGUAACAUGGAAUCUGCUUGGUAAAAAAGAAAUAUUCUUCCUGAGGAAAUUUAAGUGGCUAGACUGUAUGUGUGCUGUGUCAAUCCCACACUCAGUGAUCAGACAUAAGAUGUCUGCUUGCUGCCAGAUAAUGGGGAUUAUCCCAAAGACUGUGGGUGUUCCUGAAGAAAACUUUAAUUAUGAAUUAUUUAUGCCUUAAAAGAUGACAUGUUGCCUUCCACUUCCUCCCCAGUAGAGGCUGCACCAACCCCUGUCUCUCCCUCAGGCCCUCUCCCUUGCCAGCCCCAGUAUGUAGGUCUCACCAAGGAGGGUGCAGUGAGAGAGGACCAUCUGCCACCCCACCUGGCAGAGUUGGGAAUGUGCGGUGCUGAGGAGGGGAGUCAGGAGGGGAGGAUAACUAAUCCCCCACCAGACCUGUGUGCUCGGGAUGGCCCCAACUCACAGAGACAUGGGAAUAGAGCUCAGUGCGUGGAAGAGGCUGUAGGUGGAGCCGCCAUUGCUCAAGGUACCUGUGAUUAUGAAUAUGCAUUAAAUGACUCAUACUGUGGGGGAGAACGAGUGGACAGCAUGGAGGAAGGCACGUGUGGUGUAGCCUCCUCACAGCACUGCCAGGAGGAGGCUCUGCAUUGCACUGAGGACAUGAUGUGCAGCCCUAAAGCCGCUCUUCCAGACCUGUGUGACACCAGUAGUGGAGCAAGAAGCAGAACAAACUACAAGAUCACCAGCAACACCAUCUCUGUGGAAGACAUGCAGUGUGAGGUGCCAGGGGAGGCAGGUGGCAGUCAGGCGCUGGAGGGCUGCCAAGGCACUCACAGGUCUGAUAGAGAGAGGGUGUGUGAUAGUUAUGAAGGUGACAUUAUGGAGGCUCACAAUUCCAAUUUGAAAAACAACAUUCCCAGAGAUGUGUUGGAGGUGGAAGGUGCAAUGGAGGGAGAGCCAGUGGUGGCAGACAGUGUUGAUGGCAUUCCUGUAGAAUUAAAUGAAAACCUUGAAACCAGAAAUGCAGAAAACACAGGUGAGCCUCCCCAGAGCAGCAGUGAUGGGGCAGAGACCAGUAACAAUUGCAUGGACAGUUGUGGCGAUGUGAAUGAUUCUCACAGCCUUGAGAUGGCAGUAGGGCCCCUGGAGAACUACCUUAUACACGAUAACCAGCAGAUUUCCCUGGUAGCUUGUGGCAUCACACAGUGCGAUCCAACCCUGCAGCAGGACGUGGCCGUGGCAGAAGCUUCAGAGACGGGCGACGGCAUGAGCUUGAUAAAGUACAACCUCCACCACUCCAGCCAUCCAAUGUAUGACAAGUGGCCAUGUUACUUCUACAUCACUGAAGAACACCUGCCCAACUUUACCAUAGACUCCCACGGCAAACAUAUUGGAUCUGAUACUCCUCCCAUGUUCUUCCCCACCCCGUCUGUCAGCCGGCCGGCAUCCAACCUGACAGAAGAGGAGCAGGUGAAGAUCGCCAAACGGAUGGGCCUCAUCACUCACCUGCCCUGUGGCAUAUUUGACGGCACCAAGAAGAGUGGAGAGUGUGUGAUAUGCAUGAUAGACUUCUCAGUGGGUGACCGGGUGCGGUAUCUGCCGUGCAUGCACACCUACCACACCGAGUGCAUUGACGACUGGCUGAUGCGUUCCUUCACCUGUCCCUCCUGCCUUGAGCCCGUCGAUGCUGCGCUCCUCAACACUUACGGGACGAGCUAGCGUGUGCCGCCGCUGCCUGGGUGUGUUGUGCUGUCCUUUCUUACUGACUCACUGUUGAUAUUGGUACUUUACUCUGAGUGUCAUGGAACUGGACUGGAUGACUCUCUUGAGUUCAUAUCUAUAAUGUAAAAAGAAAGCUAUAUUCUCUAAUCACAGAUGUUAUUACUUUUUGGUUAAAUUUGAACCUAAAAAGUAUGUAUGUAAAAUUGUAUAUUGUAUGUAAUAUACUUAAAUUAGAGUUCAGUAUUUGGGAUUUCUGUGAAACUCAUCUGCAGAAAACUGUGUUGAUACAGUUUUAUGUUUGUCAUCUUGGUUGCCUUUUGAUGAGUUUUAGAGACAGAGAGCUUAGAAGAAAGUCACACAUGAAACCCUGCAUGGGAAAUUUAACUCUUGGAUAAUGAUUAGUGAAGAAGUCAAGGGUACUUGUGUGUGUGUUAGGCAGCAGAGUGUGGCAAGAUGUUUGGGAAUGAUGUUUUCUUCAUUACCAUAUAAGACUUGACAUGGCCAUCUUAUAUAGAAGAAUAUUUACGGCAACACUAUUGAGAAUAUUUGGCUUUUCUUGAGCUCUAAACAACAACAGACUUGUUCAUCUUUUUUUCAAGUUUAAGUGACUGUUUUGCAUGCCAGGUUACUUCUUUUUAAUGAGAUGAAAGUCAGUAGAUCAUUUACCAAAAAAUGGCUUGGAUAAAGAUCAUACGAGUGAGAUGCCACAACAUCUCACUCUUAUUAGCAAAUUUGAGUUAUUUUUUUUCUUGCCAGGUUCCUUUUCUUAGUGAACAGAAAGACUCUAAAUCACCAACCAAGAAAUAGCUUGAACAAAGAGGACAACAUUUGUUCAUCUCACUCAUACAUUACCAAGAAAAUAAACAAGCUAGACAACAAAGACAUAGAUUUUACUUUGUACAACACUGACAUCGGUACAUUCCUCACUACUAACUACUGAGAACCGAUAAGUUAGGCUACAAAGACCUAAAUUUCUUUGUAUAACACUGACAUUGAUAUUCUCCUCACUUGAACACUACCAAGAGAACUGAUAAACUAUACUACAAAGAUGUCAGCUUGUAACAAGGACAUGCAACAUCUUCAGGCCAGCAUCACCCCAGCAGCAUAUCAUACUAUGGGGAGCAGAGUCAGGCUUUGCAGUCCCGUCUUUCAGUUCAUGAAGGAGAGCAUUGCCAGAAAGAUAAUGUUUUCCCUUGACUCUAUGAAUCUAACUGUAGGUAUUUGUUGUACUAUAAGUUCCAAUAGUUCCUCUCUUCAUGGGCAUUCAGUUUUGUCCAUUGAUAUAUAGUUUAGUUUUAGUCAUUGAGAUCUGGUACUGGGGAGUGCAUAGUAUAGCACCUUCAUGACUCCCAGGUAAUCAUUCUUGCAAAGCUGGUUGUGCCUUAGCUUUCUAUUAGUAUUCCUUUAUGACUGCAUGGUGUUCCUCAAGGAUAUUCUUACACUCACAGUUCUUCAAACAUAUCAUCACCUUUACACAUUGGCUAAGCCUUCCCUUGACAGCCACUUUGUUUUCCGCCACAGAAUUAUUCCCUGUGUGUCGCUUUCAUUCUCAUUGCACCUCAUGAUCUCAGUUAUCUGGUGCUCCUUCCUCUCAUUAAUCUUACUUUUUACUACCCAGGAAAUGCAAUAAUUGGUCCCUAAAACUGUGAGUCUGAGAGGAAUGCAGCCUUCUCAUUUGCUUCACUUAAAUUAUUAACAAGUAUUUAUGUGAUCACAAGUAAUGCAUUUUUUUAUAUAUAUAUACAUAUAUAUAUAUAUAUAUAUAUAUAUAUAUAUAUAUAUAUAUAUAUAUAUAUAUAUAUUCUAGAUUGGAAGUAAUGUUUUUAUCUGAUGUGCUUUGUAUGUAGUAUCGAAAAAUAAAAUGUAUGCUUGUCUAGAAAUCGGCUGCAAAUAGUUAGAUUAUAUUUCCAAGCUCUUAAGUUGAUAGACCACAUACUAUUCUAACCAUCACAUAGCAGAUGGUCACAUACUCAGACAUUGUUUUAAUCCAGGGAAGUGUCACAACCUUCUCGGAUGUUGGUUUUAGUGGUGUCACAAAUCACAAUCUGGCAUUAACUUCUACUGGGGAUCCUUGUAACGUCUGGAGCGUUCGUUAAGACACUAAUCCUUGUCGUAAUAUAUUUGAACCUAGUCAUAAAGUAAUGGAAUGGAUGAUGACGAAGAUAAUGAUGAUAGUAUUGGUUGUUUUUAUUCAUUCAUUUGUUUAUUUUUUUCAUGUUACUUGAAGCUGUAGAAAGUCAAGUUGUUGAAUUUGUUGAUUAACCACACACAUAUCUGGCAGUAUUUUGUUUAUUUAUGAAUCCAAGUAUGUUUUAUGGUAAUUAAGGAAACAUCAUUAAGCAUAGGGUGAAGUAUUGGGGAUGCCUUCUGAGGACCUCUAUCAUUGUCAUUAUUCCUAUUGAUUAUUGACUGGAACUAUUGGUGCAUCCUCAUUAGCCUUCAUGAAACUAUUACUUUGAGUCAUGGCUUGAAUCUAAGUCACUGUUGUGUGAUAAUAUCCAUAUUUUCUACUUUAUUUUCUCUCUUUUAUUUGAGUACCGUAAGAUAUUGCAUAGUCAAAUCAUAUGUUUCAAUUCUGUACAGUAUCUAGACUAGUUUGUAAGGAAACAUCAAGCUUAUAUUUUGUAUGUUGAAUUCAGUCAGUUAAAAAUCUUAGGUCUUGAAUCAAGUUGUAAAUUUUCUAUAUCUGUGUUUUACAAGAAUUUGUGUGUUUUUGGGAAUUUGGUAGAAUUUGGAUGAUUUCAUGGUAAAAAAAUAGAGAAGUGUACAUUGACAUUUCUCUUCAGUGUAAUAUAAUAUGUAUAGAUAAAUUUCA